UUUCAUUUUUGUGAAUUGAAAAAGUGAAGUUCGUUAAAAUGUUGACGUUCAUCGUUCUAUUUUUUAGUUCGGUUGUGGCUAUUCAGUCUGAACGGCUGCAUGAUCGCAUGACAGAUGAGGAAAUCCAAUCGGUGUUCCAUGUGCCACGAGAUCAAGUGCCGGAUUACGAAGUUGUUCCGAUUCAAACCUUGCUCCGGAAGAAUAACGAACGUGCCGAUAGAAUAACGAUGAUAAUGAGCAAUGAACAUAUUGACGCCUAUUUGGACCCUACGGAGGGAUUUUUAGUUGGAGAAACAACACCGGUUCUUUUGGCGAAACCUAACAAAAAGUUUGCAUCUGGAGUGGAGUACAUCCCAGUGAAAAAUGCAUUGGAAAAUGUAAUGCUCUACAAAAACCCCGCGGACCGUAUGAACCUGGUUGUUAAGAAGCAGUUGAAUAGGUUCAACAUCUAUGGGAAGAUAAAGGACUACGUGAUCCGACCUAUCCCGCGGAGAUUAAAGCCAGAAUCGGCCGGACUCCUCGGGAUCCUCUUUGGGGAUCCCCAGAAUCAGAUUCUAAGAUUUGGUAGUAGUUAUGGCAAUGAUUCCAUUAAUGAACUCCAUCACAUUGUGUACAGUGCUGCUAGCCUGAAAGUCGAUCAUCCUCAGAAUUCCACAGUUCCAAGUAAUCCCAUGCAACGAAGCCCGAGAGCUUCACGAGAGUCGAUAGUACCUUCAGUGAUAUUUCCAGAGGUAUUGGUCGUGAUGGAUAACAGUUUAUUCAAGACUCAGGGGAACGACGUGAGCUCUGCAAUACUAUAUUUAUUAUCAUUUUGGAAUGCUGUCGAUUUACGAUAUAGAUCGAUGAGCGAUCCCAAAAUUCGCUUGAACAUCGCAGGACUCAUAAUUUCCGUGGAAGAAGGUGGUACUCCUUACAUCGACAACUACAAAUUCAACUCAACAGACGAAUCAAUCCAAGUAGAGGCAGACAAAGCUCUGAAGCACAUGAGCAAAUACUUCUACAAUGAGAGCAAUCUACCGAAUUACGACGCGUCGAUAGCUAUGACAGGAUCGGAUCUUUGCAAUAUGAUAGAUUCACCUUUCUUUGAGAAUUUUUGUAACAGCGAGACUCGAGGAUACGCAUAUCUGGCUGGGGCUUGCAAUCGCAGUUCUGUCGACCAAAAUACAAAAGCUGUGGGUCUCAUUGAGGAUAAUGGCGGAUUUAGUGGGAUAAUACCUGCCGCACACGAACUGGCGCAUUUACUUGGGGUGCCACAUGACGAAGGUGAGUGUGCAAGUGGAAGAUACAUAAUGACGCCCCAAAUCCAACAUUCUGAGAAUAGUUUUCUAUGGUCUGAUUGUAGUAAGGAAGCUUUUCGCGAAUUUUUCAGUUCUGAAGAUGGAACAUGUCUACUCAACGAACCCAAAGCAGUCAGAAAAGCCAUGAGGAUUCUACCUGGUACAGUUCAAUCGCUAGAUCAACAGUGUGAGAAAAUCUAUGGUCGAGGAGUCACCAAGGCCUGUCAGGAUGACAACAUUUGUAGAUCCUUGCAAUGUCAAGUGCCAGGGCGACAAUUUUGUCGAGGAAUUGCAGCAGCAGCUGAAGGAUCGAUAUGUGCGCCAGGAAAGCGUUGCAUAAGCGGAUUUUGCGUCUCCCUCCAAAUCUAACGACGGAACACAUACACUACAGUUUAUUUAACAAAUAUUUUCUGUUAUUGUAUCGUAAUACGUCAUACAGCGUUGAUAAUAAAACUGCAUCACUGAUUAA